AUGGCAACGAUCCUUAGACCACAACGUCGUCAUUUCUUCACUAUACCAAAUAUACUAAGCUCCAAAAAGCAGUAUUCUGAACGAAAGUUGCUCAGCUUUUCUCAAAACCAAUUGUACGCCGUCGUAUCCAAUGUCGAUGAUUACUACCAAUUCAUACCUUUCUGUAACCAUUCUCGAGUCUAUACCAACACACCCAUGAGCAAUGGCACCAAUGUCAUGGAAGCUGAGCUCGGUGUAGGGUUCAAGUUGUUUCAAGAAAAGUACAUGUCAAAAGUAACAUGUCAAAAGCCAUCACUCGUGCAGGCUGUUGCUGCAGAUGCCAAAUUGUUCAACGACAUGACAACCACAUGGAAAUUCACGCCCAAUGUACCUAGAGCCAAGCUGAGCAUGCCUUCUGCUGCUGAUCAUCCUACAUGCUGGGUGGAUUUCGACAUUUCGUUUGACUUUGCCUCACCAUUACAUGCUCAAGCCUCCACUGUUUUCUUUGAUCAGGUAUCAAAGAUGAUGCUGCAUGCAUUCGUCGAUAGAUGUCAUACAGUUUACAAGAAGUAG